AUGGCUGAUAUUUUUAAUGGAAUCAACAGUAUUGUGUCUGCAGCCGUAGGGGUUGCAAACACAGUCGCCUCGAAGGGCGAAGGUGUCUUUGUUACAAUCACAUCUGAUGCACAAGGUGUAUGGCACCAGGCUACUAGCGGUGCUGUGGUGCAUUUUGACUCAUUCACUUCUGGCGGUGCCCAGGCUUUUGAAAUUGUUACUUCAAAUGCUGAUGGUGUUUUCAGUACAGUGACACGUGGUGUUGUGAGUGAAUUCUCAGCUGUUACCGAUAAGGGAGGUAGCAGACUUGACUCGCUUACUGGCGGUGGAGGCGUAGUAGUCAGCACUAGUCCAGUUACUGCCACAGGAACCGAGGUUGCAGAAACAGGGGAAUCAGAAGCUGGUGCAGAAACAGAAGGCGGAAGCGAAACAGAGACAGCCGAGAAUAACAACGAUGCUACCGAAACGGAUGGUUCGAAUGAAACAGACUCUUUGUCGUCGCCAUCAUCAUCAUCAUCAUCAUCAUCACAAUCAAGCGGUUCCAGUUCUGGUUCUGGCGCAGCAGCAAGAACAACGACAUCAUCUUCAACAAGUUCGGGUUCCAGAUCGGAAAGUGCUUCUUCAACUACAUCGUCUACAGAGUCCGCAACUUCAAGCGGAUCUAGCUCGGGUGCUGCCAUCAAUGCAGAGCCACUCAACUGGAAAAAAUCAGUUGCAAUUGUUGGUCUUAUUGGAUCUUCUUUUGUUUUCAGUUUGUUUUAG